AUGUUCGAGGUUCAACAUAACCACCACGGACAAGAGUUCAAGCGCUUCUUUCACCAUGGUCGAAGCUCAAUGUCUGCCAUUGAGGACAAGAGGGCGGAAGAGUUUAGGAGACAUGUCUGGGCGGUUACUAUGAUUGAUGAGGAUCCGUUGGCAGGGAGUGGGGAGAAGAAGAACAAGAAGAACCGCCAAUCGAUUGACCUUGUCCGUCCUGGUUCAAACAAACUGAGAUCCAAGAGAGCUUCUGCAUAUGCUGGAUCACCGCCGGUAACAAAGCCUAAUGACAAGCAACAUAAGAACCAGCUGAAGCUUGACACUACCGCAACUAUGAAGGACUCUACAGUUACUGUCCGGCCGGUUCACCCACCGUCUUUUGGCUCACCAAAAGAUCUGUCUUCAGUUCAAGAGAACGCUAUCAACGCUUUCCUUGCAAACACUGAGUCUCCAAAGGGCACACAAGACAACUUUUCUCCUACGGCGUAUCCUCGACCAACAUAUGCUGUUCUCGAAACUCCCCUGGCAGAUCCUACAAAUGUGAGGCCAAAUGCCGCCCUGAACCGUCCUCGAAAACUGUCCAACAACUCAGUUACGACUGCAUCGUCCUUUCAAUCUCGAGAAAGCAUGGUCUCAGCAAGACGGACCCCUUCUUGGGGGAGUAGAACGAGUAUGGAAACGAACGAAUCUACAUCUCAAUGGCGACCUGAAUACCAAAAUAUCCAACUCGUGGGCCCGGACUCGGCAACCCUCAAGAAGAAGUUCAAAAUGGCACAGGGCAUUCGUGUCCUCAUGCUCCGGCGCAUACUCCGCUCUAAUCCUCACAUCGCCGAAAUCGUCCGCACACUUAAAGUUCCGGCCCCUGAAAUUGUCGCCAAAGGCUCCGGAGCUGCCGAGUAUGAGGACCUUAUUGCGACGCUCGUCAUGGCGUGUCCUAAUCUCGAGAGUCUCAGUGGCUUGUCGGUUCCGUACGACCACUCCUUCAAGAAGAUAUUCCAUGCGUUAUCCACAAGACCCAUGUUAAGAGAAAUGAACUGGCUUGUACACGCUUCGCCUCAUCAGAGACAACAGAGAAUCCAAUCGAGUACUCAGCAGCUCGGCUUGGUGAUGCCUGGAGAACUCAGGCCUUCCCAGGAAGCUGCCUUUUUGGCGUAUCAUGAUAAUUGGUCUCGCCUGGAAACGUUUACUGUGCAUUGUCUCCCAGGAGCUACCGUCACGCCCGAGAACCUUCUUACAUCAACACUCAAGCGUCUGCCAAACCUCAAACAUCUUCAUCUCUGUAACCUACCGCCCAAUAGCUUCGACGACUCAACUCUCCUUGCUCUGCCGCCUCUACACUCCUUGACGUUGUCUCACAUCAGCGGUAUAACCUCGAGCGGGCUAUCAUCAUUCGCAACGCAGUCCACCAGUCUUCCUCUGCGUAAGCUUACUCUUCGGCACACACCUCUCACGUCUCUCGCUGCUCUAGCGCGCAUCUUGUCUAAUUUGAGAAACUUGCUCAACUUUUCCCUUGUUCAGACCUUCCCACCCGUCAUGCCGGAGAACGACAGCUUCGCACUAUGGAUGAUGCCAUAUCUUGCAAACAACACUGUGCAGAGUCUCCACUGGGAUAUCACCAGCCAUGCUACCUGUGUCAAUGCAGCGGAUGAUAUUCUCGCUCGCAGUAUCUCUGCAGGAGGUUUUCCAGCUUUGAGGACACUCCGAGCACUUAACGACCCGGACGGCAUCUUUCAGGAUCUGUGCUACCCCGUCGAGAGAAUCGAUCUUCCUUCUGAUCGAUUCCGAACCUCUGAGCAACCAGAGAGCUCAUCACCUUUUGCAUUCCCUCCGAGCUCGGCAAGCCCCAUGUCUCCCACACGCCUGUUCAAAUCCAACAACUCACCUCUCGCUUCUCCACGGACCCCGGUUUCUCCGUUUGGCGACACACGCCGCCCUUACACAAGCCUCCAUACCGCAAGGCUUGCCGCCCAAACGCGUCUCGAAGCAGCACGUUCCCGGCCAAAAUUCACUGUCAACGUAGUAGAUGAGGGCGGAGCCAUUACUGAGACUUUCUCCAUGGCUGGAUUCAUUGGUACGGCCGGAAGCUCAAUCAAGUACCACCUUCUUCCUGACAGGGGUACUACAGACGAUAAAGGCGGUCUUAUUGAUGUGAGAGAUUUGGAUAGCGAUGCUGGAGAGAGUCUCAUCGGUGGGAGAGAAGGGUGCACUGGACGCUGGAAUAUGCGUGAUGGCAUCGUGGCAGAUAAGAAGGAAAAGGAAAGAUGGUGGCAUACAGAGAGAGGUCGGUGGACCAAAGUCACUCUCUGA